GCAGGGUGUCACGUUGCAGCAGCAGCAUCCUCACGGUCUGCACAUCUGGAGCAGGGCGGAAAACAAGACGCUGAACGAAUCCAAAUUUCCAUCAAAAAUUCCAUACGAUUCUGUCCAUCGACCCCGUGUUCAGCAGACAAAACUACAACUUGCACAUAAUUGCUCCAGGGCACUUUAGGAUCAAUACGGUGCCAACAUAUCAGGCCGUAUUGGAAAGUCUCUGCAUGGGUGAUUACUCACUACAUCAAUCCAGCUACACAAAGCCAUUUCCUACUCGCUGCCCUGCCCUGCUCCUCUUUCUGUGUGAUUGAGGCACAUAUUUUCCUCCUAUUGUCCAGCAGCUGGGGAAUUUUAGACAAUUUUAAACACAAAGCGACACCCGAGCUUUUUUUUUUUUUUUGAAAGUUUAUUUGAAACCGCUUUGCAACCCGAUGGAGACUGGGACUGGGUGGUCUGGGGUCUCGGGGCGUCCCCCGGGGGCUGGAAGGCAUCCUCCUCGUCCUGGAUGCAACACCACCGCCGACUGGCUGUGAUGGGAGAUGAUGGUUAAGGGGAUGACGGUCACAGGAUCCUCUUUAAGGAGGUGGAGAUACAGCUCGGGAGGGUGGGCAGAUGCAGGCUCAGUGGGAAUCUGGAGCAGCAGCGCGUUACUGGUCUCGCUGGUCAGACCGUGGGCCGAAAUCUCAGCUCCGACCUCGGGUUUCCGGAUGCCUUCUGACAGUUAGGAGCUUUAAACUGGUCGGCGAGUCUUCAAAGACACAAACAGAAACUUGAUCCAGGCGGUGAAGUGUCGUCCAGGUCAUGCCGGGCCACCCAGAAAACAUCCCCCUGGGCCAGUGCACCCUCUCCGAGUCCAAGGACCAGCUGACGCCCCCGAGCCGCACGGAGAGCACCGUGUUCAGCCUCUCCCGCAGCGAGUCCCUCUGGACCGCCAAGACCUCCGGCAAGAAAUGCGACGUCUUCUGGUUCCCGGUCCACUUCAUGUCCACGGGCGGCAGCUUCCUGGCGUGCGGCAUCAUCAUAAGCGGCCUGUACUUCGCGGGCCACUGCAGAAAGGUCACCAACAUCCUGGGACCGGCUCUGCUGUCCAUCGGACUGAUGGUGUUCGUAGUGGGUGUGGUUCUGAUCCCGAUCACAAAGGAGAACAGGAAGUGGGCGAACACCAAGAAGCCCCCCAGUUACUACAGGCCUCCGGUGUUCAACCUGUGAUGCCUGGAUGUGGUUCCGAGCGGAACACUGGAUUGAACUGGUCGUUACAAAACUGAACUUGGUGACAUUUCUGUUCAUGUCUGAUUUACCAGGACUGACAACACUAAGCACCUUAAGUCAGUCCGAAGUGUGCAUGACGAUGUUUGCAUUGAUAAUCAUGGCGGUCACAAACGAAGAGAGCGCACGGACUGGGAGCUGCACAACACGCAGUUGGUCCCACAUUCACACGCGAUUAAGCAAAGAGGACCCAGAAAAUCAAAUUGUCUUUUAUGAAUGUUUAAGAGCCAAGAGUGGACACGGGGGACUUCCUGAGGCUGCGCGGUGCCGUGCAUGAAUAUUUAAAGCUUGUGAGAGCUGAGAAAUGCCACUUCCCAGUUUACUGUGUCCAGUUGUAGUGUGGAGUCACUGGGAGGAGAACAACUUUGAAUGGGAGCGAUUUUGCCCUCAAAUGUAAAUGGAAAGAAUUUGACUAGUGCGAGCGGAAGUGGAUUUUCAUAAGAUUUAAAUGUUUACUGAACACUUUUAGAUGUGGAAUUCAUAUUGGAUGUGAUAUUUCUUAGUCCUAACCUGUGGAAAAGCAUUGGUUUAAAUCCUGACUCUCCUGCUACGCUUGAGAGGAAGAGCUUUAAUCCUAGUUUCAUAACUUUUAUGAGGUUGUUGCUUUUCUUGAUUUGAACUUCUGUGGACUCACAUCCUUUCAUAAUCGCAUCAAGUAAGAACCCUAAUGCAUAAUUUUGUGAGCAAAGAAAUUCAAGAUGAUCAUUUAAAUCCACUGAGUUCCCUAUUGGACUGGGCAUUAAAUUAUUAGAUGGUUUUAAUGUUUUGGCCACUUGAUACAUUUGAAAUGUAAUCUCUUAAUUUAUAAAGACAGAAAUGACAGCGUUUGUGUUUGGGAUUUUAGAGGUGUAUCUAAUAAAGUCUGAUCACUCCACCUGAGAAACUCUGCACAAGGUGUCAGAACCGUCACUUCAUUUGUUAACAGUUUUGCUAAAAUAUCUUUGGGAUUUAAAAAGCCACAGCACACCUGAAUGCAUCAUUUUAGGGUUUGGGGAAACUGGCGCUGAUAUUUAAUGGCCCAAAAAUGAAUUAGGAGGAGAGGAAUCACAGAAACACGGCUGCUGAAGAUGACUCAGUGUGAGAAAACAAGGUGUGAAGGCUGAGGUUACUGAGCAGUAAUCACAGGCUUGCGCGGAAACGUAAUACCUGCGUGUAACACAACCUGCUGGAGGAUGACGCUGGGCGCUGGCUCCGUGCGCAGCAUGUGAACAUCACUUUGACUUCCAAAUUCAAAUUUGCAUGAUGGCAACCAGACUAUGAGGUGCUGCGGGCUGAGGAGGACUCUGGCGCACAACAAGGCGCAGAGCGCAAACAAAGCGCCCGUCGGAGACGUCUGCGCGCGUGCGUGCGGCUGUGCGUCUUCUCUUUGGGGCGGGGCGUCGCCGCACAGGUGCGCUGCCUCUGCUCAGGUGAGGGAUGAGUCCUCCCGCCGUUACACUGGCUGGGAUGCUGAAGAUGGCUCUCCCCGCGUGCAUCGGCGGCUGCGUGCCCGUGUUUCUGCUCGCCGUCGUCUUCGACGUCGCCGGUUUGGUCCUGCUCUUCGUGGGGAUUUUCGCCAACGUGCGCGUCGGCGAUCGGUUCUACGGCGACUUCUUGAUCUACACCGGCUCCCUGGUCAUCUUCAUCAGCCUCGGCUUCUGGGUCAUGUGGUACGUGUGGAACGUCCCGGCGUCCGACGACUACGGGCCGAGGAGGAGCGACAGCGUGGUCGUGAAGCUGGCGAGGAAGUUGACGGAGAGGCUGAGCCGGAAGCUGAACGCCGAGGAGCGACUCAAACCCGCGGAGGAUGGGACCGACAGCCAGAUCAGCCCAGCUCCACGCAAGGCCAGCAGGGUGACGUGGGGCAGGUCCACGGCCUACCAGAACGAGGGCUACGAGGACUCCCCGGACUCUCCAGCUGUGGAGAAGAAGGUGCAGACGGAAGAGGAGCCAGGCCACGCGAUGUGAGAGACACUGAUGGCUCUAUUAUGGGAGGAAUUCAAAUAGUACUCAUAUGCAAAGACGCUCUAAUGAACAGAAAGUGACUCUGAGUGUGUAAACACUGCCUGAACGCUUCACACUCCAUUUCAUAAUAAGUUCAGUUUUCGGUAGCACUUUAUUUUAAUGUCCACGAUUUUCCAAAUAUUUCUGCAAGCUUGUUGGAAAUCCCCCCUGCUUUUUGUAAUGAAGAUGCUGUUGUGUGGGUUAAAGCUCACAUCGCACCAACAUAUUCAAGUGGUUUAUGUGGAGGUGAAUGUCUCCAAAGGACAAUGAAGGGAAUAUUUAUUUGAUUUUAAGUGGAGAUGCUGUUUUAAGGAGAUUCACGUCUUGCUCCUAAAUUGCCCAGUUAUUCCAUGGAGCGCCUCGGGGAGUUGUCCCGGCGUCACUGGGCUCUGUGCUUCUCACUGAACUGUUAAUGUGAGCCUUUUGUUAGUUUUACGUCUCCGCGUGACAAAUGCUGCCGGGUUGAAUUCCCCCAGGCCUCGGAAUCUAAGGCUCCGUGUUUAAUCUGUGGCAGGUACUUCGUGAUAAUUUAUUGUUUAUGUGUUUAGUCAAUGUUGCAUUGACAUUUAAAAGCAUAGUAUGUGCUUAAAUGUGUAAACCAAUAGCUGCUUAACACCUGAAUUAUAACCUCACAAUGAGGCUAAUUUUAGAAAAGUCCCAUGUUAAAGAGUUCUUAAAGUUGGAUUUACUGUUUUAUUCUUUUAUUGUACCUCAUACACAGAGGUAGGUGUGGAUCAUACAGCACCAGCACACAUUUUCCUCCUUAUAUCAUAUCAGAUAAUCAACCAUAAUAUAAUAAUACACAACAACUGCAAAUACAGAAAUCUAAACACUGUCAACCGGCAGCAACCAGCGCUCUGCUUUUUACUUCCUGUUCACACAUUGUAGCUGCCAGCAGUAAAUAAGUCAUGUGCUCUUUUAUUUGCUGUGACUGGUCAAACUGGUUUUCAUGCGGCGUCGUGCUGGUCAAACAGAGCUGAAACAUUCUGAACACUGGGUCACAUGUGACCUGGGACACUAAAUAACAGCUUGUAUCGACUCCUGUCAUGAUAAAUUGUAACUGUAAUAGUAGCUGGACGUACAGUAGCACACGCUGGGCUCGGUACCGUUCUCGAGUCGCACUCACGGCAGCGUCACAGUAAUUAAAGCCUAAUCCCGCUCUGCAGCCAACACCUGCCGUCAGUACACGAAAGCCACACGGCCGAGACAAACAGUGGCAGCUUGACUGGUCAAACAAGGUGCUCACACAAAUGUUUCCAUGGCGUGCAUUUCCUCUUUGUCACAGCCACUUCACCACAGGCAGCGAUACUGCAGUGAUGCAUGGCCUGGACAUUAUUAAAUAUUUAGCAAACACUUAGAUGCGGUGUACCCACCCUGCAGAGCGUCUCCCAAGCUAAACAGAAAGGGUAAAUAUGUUUCCUGGGCUAAAUCUCUGUGGGAGCGGAGUGAAGAGGAGCAUUGUUACAGUCUGAUGAAUGAUGCAGCACACUGACGCAGCGUCUGAAUCAUGUUGAUUUCAUUAGCUAAUCAAAAAGAUCAGGGGUCCCCCACUGAAUGAUCAAAAGCUCAUCACUGGAUGAACGCAGAGUCACAGGCUGCUGAUUAGGAAAUGUAUGUACAUAAAUCUGUCCCCCGGGUCACAUUCAAGCGAAGGCGGAAAACCCGUCGGCCCUGUGGAGGAAUGAAGGUGGACUGAAGGUUUCAGCUGGUGUGAAUAAGCAGCGGAACCUGUUGACGUUGUCACAUACCUGUAUUGCCACUACGUGUUGUGCUAUGAACGAAAUGUGAGGCGUGAUGUGAGUGAAAAAGAAGGAUGUCAGAGUCAGGAUGUCACUUUUCUGGUGAGAUCAGCUGUGACGCCCGUCAGACCUUGGGACGACAGCCGCCGGGCCAUGGAGGAAGGCAGGUACACCAGCGUCUUCGUGUCGCUGGCUGUGAUUCUGGACGUCGUCGGCCUCGUCCUCUUCUUCGUGGGCAUCUUCGCGCCUUUGAGUUUCUGGGACUUUUUCGUGCUGUCUGGGCCUCUGCUGAUCUUCCUCAGCCUGGUCUUCUGGAUAUUCUGGUACAUGGGGAACCUGACGGUGUCUGAGGAGGAGCUCAACCUGCCCAAACAUGACAUUCUAUGAGUGCACCUGGAAGAGAGGACGGACUGAAGGAUGAGAGCGCAGCCGAGGUGCUGAACCUCCGCAGAGCCGUCGCCGUAGGAGGGACCAGCCUGGACAGACUGAGGCAGUAGCUUCACUGAUGAAGAGUCUGUGACCCCCUCACUGAAGGAUGUGCGAUGAAUCCAAAUCCAGACACGACCUGGAGAACGUCUGCCUAUUUUGUUGUAAAAAAAGCAACUUGUGAUGUUGUUUAUGGACAGAAUGAUUCCUGAACUUUGUUGGAGUGGAAAUGUUUUCCUGAGCACUUUAACAGGGAGGAGAAAUGUCACGAUGGUGAUGCUGCACAUCUUAUUUAUGAAACAGUUGUCACAUAUGUACAUUUUAAGCUCUAUUUCCCAGUGUGUCCUCGUAUGUUCACGUAGAAUGGAGACGUGUUCGAAAACUGGAAACUAAAACCACGUUCAAAUGUCACUUGUUUUCCUUGUGAGGCUGCUCGUCCUGACAAACUAGCCAAACAGGCCGCGUGGGGUUUGUUCACAGGGUUAUUCCAAGGAGAUCCACCCAAUGCGGACGCCGACAAAGACAAUGAACUGCUGAGUGUGCGCAGAGCCAGCGCACUCCAGCUUCAAAGUAUAAUUAUCUGAGCAAGAGGGUUCGGCCAAUUAGCAGCGAUCCCUUAAAAACACACUGGAUGUGGGCUCCACUUUGCUCACAACAACAGCAAGUAAGAACAAUGAACCUGAUGCUCCUCCUCCAAUUCUUCCCAGCCUUAAUCAGCACUCAAGGCACCAUUAUCUCCCUCAGACAAGGAGAGUGUUAUUAAUGUGUCCAUUUGGUUCCUGCUCCUGAGAGAGGAAAUAGAGGAGAGGCGUAAUGGGGCUCUCUCUCAGCAAAGAGAUGGAUUCCCUGCUGCUCAGACCCCCACCCUCCUCCUCCUCCUCCUCCUUCACUCUCCUCCUCUACAGGACACCGCCUUCUCCGAUGCUGAAAUCCCCCAAGUUGUCUUGAUGGCUUGAUGUCAUUAUAAUCUUAAUCACGACUGCAUUCAUCAAUGCAUAAUAGCGCUUCCCAUGAGAGAUGCAGAUUACAGGAGCGUCUACUAUGAGAGCAGCAAGAACACAAGGCUGAAAUAUCCACGCUGGUCAGAUCAAAUAGCAGCAUUUCGUGAAAUCUCCUCUGCUUGUAACGCAGAGCUUAUAUUAGGUUCCAAGUUAUUUGUGGUUUUUGAGAGCUUUGACUAAUAGUUAAUGGCUAUUAGCGCUACUGUGGUGGUUACUCCUCUGCUGUAAUAAGAUAAGAUGUACUUAUACACAAAUUACAACAUUAAGACGCAUUGCUAAAAAAUUAAUCUUUCUAGUUACAAUAAGAUCUUCUCCAAGUGAAAAGUCAAUUACUCCAGAUGAAGAUGAGGAUUCUUAAAUGUCUCUAUUAAAUCAUUUGGAUUGAUACUAUUAGGCAAAAUAUACAACAUCAGACAUUCUGUCAAACUGUUUCUUUAAAGCAAUCAGUCUUAUGUGUGUGACUGUUCAAUAAAAUUCAGGCCCAUCA